CACACCCGAACCAUGCCGUGAAUGCAGCGCAGCGGUGAGGGUUGGGGGGAGCAGCCGAGUCCGAAACAGAAGUGACCGCUAGCUUCAUGUCUGCCAUACAGCCGUCAGUGAACUAGCGAGAGGCGGAAAUCUCUCACAGGAAAGAGGGCGAGACAGAGGGAGAGCGAGGGGUCCCGCUGGAAGGGAUACUGGACUUUAUUUCCGUACGUUUGAACCGACUAAAUACAUCGAUUUGAGGUAUACCUAUUUUAAGCAGCUCGGGAAUAACAGCCGUUGGAAGGUUAGCUAGCCACCGCCAUCUCUUCUCAGUCGGAGCGACCGCCGUGUCUUCCACACCAUGGGGAACGCUGCCACCGCCAAGAAGGGCAACGAGCUAGAGAGCGUGAAAGAGUUUCUAGCCAAAGCCAAAGAAGAUUUCUUACGGAAAUGGGAAUGCCCACCACAGAGCACAACGUGCCUAGACGACUUUGAGAGAUUAAAGACCCUGGGUACCGGCUCAUUUGGAAGAGUCAUGUUGGUGAAACACAAAGGAACAGAGCAAUACUUUGCCAUGAAAAUACUGGACAAGCAGAAGGUGGUGAAACUCAAGCAAAUAGAACACACAUUAAACGAGAAGAGGAUAUUACAGGCUGUGAGCUUCCCCUUUCUCGUCAAACUUGAGUAUGCGUUUAAGGACAACUCCAAUUUGUACAUGGUGAUGGAGUAUGUUCCAGGAGGAGAGAUGUUCUCACACCUAAGACGAAUUGGAAGGUUCAGUGAACCACAUGCACGGUUUUACGCCGCCCAGAUAGUGCUGACAUUUGAGUACCUCCAUUCACUAGAUCUCAUAUACAGAGAUCUGAAACCUGAGAACCUUCUCAUUGACCACCACGGCUACAUUCAGGUGACAGACUUUGGGUUUGCCAAGCGGGUAAAAGGCAGGACCUGGACGUUGUGUGGGACACCGGAGUAUCUGGCGCCAGAAAUCAUUCUCAGCAAAGGCUAUAACAAAGCUGUGGACUGGUGGGCCCUCGGAGUCCUCAUCUAUGAAAUGGCAGCUGGCUACCCUCCGUUCUUUGCAGAUCAACCCAUUCAGAUCUAUGAGAAGAUCGUGUCUGGGAAGGUGAGGUUCCCCUCCCACUUCAGCUCCGACUUGAAGGAUCUGUUGAGAAACCUGCUGCAGGUGGAUCUGACAAAACGCUAUGGCAACCUGAAGAACGGCGUGAACGACAUCAAGGGCCACAAAUGGUUUGCCACAACAGACUGGAUCGCAAUCUACGAGCGAAAGGUGGAAGCCCCGUUCAUACCAAAGUGCAGAGGCCCAGGGGACACCAGCAACUUCGACGACUACGAGGAGGAAGAAAUCCGCGUUUCUUUAACGGAAAAGUGUGCAAAGGAGUUUGCAGAGUUUUAGGAUGCGAGAACAUGGAUAUAUCAGGGAAAUAAGGGGAUCUUUGCACUCUUCUAAAGACUUGGGAUGGAGCAGAGACCAUCGUUUUUCAGAUCUACUACAUAGUCCCUUCAUUCCGUAAGGCUGAAUGAGGUCGCCAUGAUCCUUGGGUGCCGAUAACCUCUCACUGUCACGUACACCUGCAUAUUAAAGCAGACACACCACUUUUUCUUUUUCUUUUUUUGUACCUUCCCACCGUUUUUUUUUGUUUGUUUGUUGUUUUUUUUUUUUUUUUUUUUUUUUUUACUUUGAAGCAGUUAAUCUUGGAUGUUGUUUCAAUAUAUGAGGAAAUACUGAGACAAUGGCCAGUAAUAGUCCACACAUUGUAACUGACUUGUUUAUGGCAGUUUGACACACAGUUCUGCGGGUUGUAGACUGUUCCCUCUAGUUGUCAGCGGUGUAUAUUUAACGGUCUGUUACAAGUCCACAUCACAUUGGCUAUUGGAAAAUUCUGGCCCGCAUUCUGAGGUAACAUUUGUCCCAUGUGCAUAUCUGUCAGUUUUGUAAGACAUCUGAACACGCUGAGUGUUGAAAGCAUGACCAAAUAGAAGACAAUGGGUGACACAAGGAAAGAGGUCCUCUUCUUUCUUUGCUUUUUGCAGAGAGAGCCGAGUCCUCAUACCCCCACAGAAGCAUCCAUUCACUGUCUUCUUGGCAUUCUGACCCAGGCACAAUAAGCCAUUGCAGAAAAUGACAAACCUUGUUGCAUUAGUAAAAGGCAAAUCGAGUCGUUUGUUUGAUCCUUUUGGAUCUUGUUAGUUACAUGUAAAAUUUGUCAUUGGGUAUCUUACUAUUUUUUUUUUUUUGUCGCUGUGUCUAACAUUAUAGUCAUGUCCCUAGAGUUCAGGUCUGCUUAUAAAGACCCUUUCUUAUGAGUCUGUGGAACAAUGCGACUUCAGUAAUGGAAAAGAGUGAGGCAAAAUCCUUUUGAGGAUUUUUAUUGAGUGUAAUGUAAACUUGAGAAGGUCUGUGUGAAUAGUGUUGCGGCUUCGUGCCUCAACAUUGUUGGUGAGGCCUUUAAAAAAAACAAUUAUUUGUAUUGUAUUAAAUCAAAGAUGUUUUAAAAUCUUAAGAAACAGGAAAGCAAAACUGCAUCUUUACCAUAUUCACCCUGUUGCCACCCCAAACUGAUGUCUUUGUUUCAUUCUUAUCGAAGAAUGUAGAUUUGCAACUUAUAGGUAUGCAUAUUUGAAAGCUUUGAUUUCAAGGUACAGUUUUCCUCACAAUACACUGGCUAAAAUAAAGACUGCUCCUUUGUAUCACAUGUAACCCUCUUAUUGUUAAACUCAUGACAUCAUACGUAUAUACAUUGUUUCAUAUAUGUUUUUAUUUAUACACAUUAGAGAUGCUAAUAAAUUUUAUUUUUAAAAGUG